UGGGUGUCACAUUGUGUGUACAGUAAAAGCACAGGAGACAGAAAAUCAUAGCAAAGGGGGAAGCUUUGCCUUUUGUACAGCAAAUCAGCUGAAAAGAAGGAGAAGAAAAGGUGAAAGAUGCUGCUAUGUGUUUGUCCUCCAGACCAGUCAGAUCCUGCACAUUAACAGGAGGAAUCCUGCAUACAAAGACUCUGCGUUACAUCACAUUACUGGGGAGCAAGCAGGAAGCUCAGAAAGAGACAAGGAGAGCAGCUGCUGCCUUUGUUCCAAUAUUGGAAAGACAUUGGGCACUGGAGGAAUGGAAUAUAGAGUCAUGUCGGACCUGUGGAGAAAAUAUUGUCUGCUUUUGACUUUAUUAGACCAACAAAGGCUUGAGAUGGCACAGAGAAUGAAAUGAAUACAAGAAAGGAAGAGAACACAUCUUUUCAAGGCAGCAUCACAAGGAGGAGACAAAGGAAAGCACAGGAGGAGGAUGGAGAGCAGAACUGUUAAGGACCGUGGAUGCUGAAAUCCUGAUUUUUCCCAACACAUCCUAAAGCAUGAGACAUCACUCAGAUCAGUGUGUUUACUAGAGCUGGACAAGGCUGCCAAUACAUUCCAAUAAGUGACAUUGAUUUCCUCCUGGGAAUUGCAGCUUCUGGAGGUGUAUCAUUGAUCCUGGACUGGGCUAUGGGCCUUGGAGUGAAGUUUGGACAUGGCUAAUUACCAGACCAGUGGCAGCUCAGGCUCAGAUCUCACCCUGUCCUAUGAGGAAUAUGAGUGUAAAAUCUGCUACAACUACUUUGAUUUGGAUAGACGAGCCCCCAAACUGCUUGAGUGUCUGCACACCUUUUGCCAAGAGUGCCUGAACACCCUGCACCGCAGAGAGGAUCGGCCAUGGCGCCUCUGCUGCCCGGUAUGUCGCCAUCGCACUGUGGUCCCAGACUCAAGGGUGGAUGCGUUGCCUGUGAACACUAAGGUGGCCGAAGCCUUCCCAUUGUAUGUACGGCAUGAUGACCCAUUUCCCCAGGACGUCCUUCCACCCAUCACCUAUCAUCAACGUGGCCUGCCAUACCACCACGGCACACCAGUAGCUGCUGUGCUCCAUGGUGCUGUUGAGCUUCGCUAUGCUCUACAGCCUGGACCAGAGGCCACUUUAGCGGCCGCUGCAGCUAACAGAGACCGGGAAACAUUUUCGGCCUUAGGUCAAGCCCAGGCAGUCAGUGCCCCCUCACCCAGAAGGGGCUAUGAUAGAUGCCAGAGCUGUAAAAGGGCAGUUCUGACCGCAGGCUGCGUUUGUGUGGUGUUCUCCUUCAUAGCCAUGGUGGUUCUUUUGUUUGCUGGCUUGGUUUUUGUGAACAGAUACAGUGGGGCCCCAGCGCCUUCUCCUGCAGGGCCUAUCUGCCUGUCAGUGGCCAGUGUGUUGGCCCUCUUCUCAGUGGUGGUCACCUGGGUCAUUUGCUGGCUGAAGUACAGGCCGGAGCCCGGGGAAGGUAGCAGGGGCCCAUCCAGUAGGAGGGACACAUGAAAUAUAAAAAUUAAAAUACGACUGAUCUGACAAUCUCCACUGCUCACAUCGUUACCCCAUGUAUUUUAUACACAGCCUUUGGAUUAAUUAUUAGCAAUAUUAGGUCGUUGUUAAUUGAUGUACCAUGUGACCCUGUAGGUAGAACACUGUCUUAUAUGAUUCACACAUAUAUACUGCCAUAACCUAUCAGGCUGAUAUGGACAGAGAACACAAGAUCCUUCCAAUGCUGCUUAUACACAAGGGCAUCCAAUUCGAUUGCCCAUGUUUUUGAACAUAAAAUCUUGGCCUUUUUGUUUUUCUAAAUGAGGCAUCCUUUUAAGAACAUUGCCAUGCUGUUUUUACUGCAAAUAAUAGGUACAAACAGCCGAAUCACCCCAGCAUCAUCCCCCCCCCCCCCCUAUUGGUAUCACACACCCAUCACCAAUAUCGCCAACCUAGCACCAUUAUCACAUACUCAGUAUGGUAUCACACACCCAGCACCAACAUCACCCACCCAGCAUUGGUAUAAUCCACCCGGCAACAACAGUAUCAUUCACCCAGCACCGAUAUCAUAUACCCAGCAUUGGUAUAAUCCACCCCGGCAACAGUAUCAUUCACCCAGCACCGACAUCACCCACCCAGCAUUGGUAUAAUCCACCCAGCAACAGUAUCAUUCACCCAGCACCGGUAUCAUAUACCCAGCACAAGUAUCCUUAACUGAGCACUGGUAUCGCACAUCCAGAACAAGUAUCAUUCAUCCAGCACCCGUGUCACACAGCCAGCAUGGUAUCACCCACCCAACACCAGUGUUACCCACCCAGCACUGGUAUCACACACCUAGCCCCUCUAUCACCCACCCAGCACAGUUACCACACACCCAGCCCCUGUAUCAUCCAUUCAGCCCAGUAUUACCAACCCAGCACUUGUUUCACCCAGCCAGCCCCUGUAUCACCCACCCAUCACCAGUAUCACACACCCAGCCCCUUCAUCACCCACUCAGCACCAGUAACACCCACCCAAUAUCGGUAUUACCCACCCUGCACUUAUUUUAUUAAUCCAGCAAUGAUAGUUACUAUCCACCGAGCCCUAAUAUCACCCACCCAGCACUUGUAUUAGCCUUGUUACCCACCCAGCACCAAUAUCACCAAUCCAACACCUGUAUCAUCCAUUCUGCACUAAUAUCCCACAUCCAGCACCGGUAUCACCCACCCAGCACAGAAAUC